AUGGGAAAUUGUUGUCCUAAUCAUGAUCCAAAGGCAUCAUUUAUUAGUUCAAUAAGUGAUAAUAACCGUAAUUAUUGAAUAUAGUUGUAGGAAAAUAUCCAGAUGAAAUUGCACCUAAACCGAUUUUAGUAGCACCAAUACCUCCAAUUAAGUAAUAGAUUAGUCAAGAGGAUUUUAUUAAGAUUGGAAUGUUAGGAUAAGUAUUAAAAAAUUAUAAGUAGGGAGCAUUUGGUAAAGUUUAUUAGGUGAAAAAGAGAGAUACUUAAAAAAUUUAUGCGAUGAAAUAAAUUUAGAUAAAAAAAAUCAGAGAAUGUAAUUUGGAAACAAAUACAGUUUUAGAGAGAAAUGUAUUAAAAUAAAGCAAACAUCCUUUUAUAGUAAAAUUGAAAUUUGCAUUUUAAAAUCCAAAAUAUAUUUUCUUUGUGAUGGAAUGUAUAAAUGGAGGAUAAUUUUACAAUGUUCUUAAAUGUAAAAAGAGUGGAUUACCAGAAUAUGUUGUAAGAUUUGUUGCCGCAGAAGUAGUAUUAGCACUUGAAUAUUUGAAUACUAAAUUAAAAGUUAUUUAUAGAGAUUUAAAACCAGAAAAUAUACUUUUGACUGAAACAGGGCAUGUAAAAUUGACAGAUUUUGGAUUAGCGACUUUAAGAAAUGAUAAUGAGAAAUCAUAUCUUUUAGCAGGUACACCUGAAUAUUUGGCUCCAGAAAUCAUUACAAGACAAGGUCAUUCUUAUGAAGUAGACAUAUGGACACUAGGUAUGAUAUAAUUAUAUAUAUAUUAUAUAGGAAUUCUUAUAUAUGAGAUGAUUAAUGGUAAUCCACCAUUUAAUGAUCCUUAAAGAAAAGUAGAGAUGAUAACUAAAUAAAUUUUACUAAAUGAUCCACUCUAUCCUAAAAAAAUGAGUCCAGCUGCUUGUGAUUUAAUAUAGAAAUUACUAAAAAAUGAUCCUAAAGAACGUUUAGGAGUUAAAGGAGGCUAUGAAGAAAUAAAGAAUCAUCCAUUCUUUAAUUCUCUUAGUUGGGAUGUAAUUCAUCUACAAGUGUCUCCUCUUAAAGAUUUCGUUAAAAGGAAUCCUUUACCUAUAACACCACCAGAUGAUACGCCAAUAAAUCCUAAAAUUCCUGAUCAUAAUAAAAUAGAUGGCAUAACAUAUGUAGGAGAAGGUGAAACCUUAAAUUCAAAAAUUUGAUCACACAAAAAAAAUACUAUGUAACC